AUGAGGAGUCUGGCGCUGCUGUUAGGGGUGAAAGCCGCCUGUAUCCUGCUGGUGUCUUCGCUCUCAGGCACAGGGGCCGUCAACAACAGCGGCCGGUGGUGGGGUAUUGUCAAUGUGGCCUCCUCGUCCAACCUCCUCACCAAUUCCAAAAACGUGCAGUUGGUCCUGGACCCGAGCCUGGCCCUGCUCAGUCGUCGCCAGCGCCGGCUGAUUCGGCAGAAUCCUGGCAUCCUGCACGCCAUCGCCGCUGGACUGCACACUGCCAUAAAGGAGUGCAAGUGGCAGUUCCGCAACCGCCGCUGGAACUGUCCGACCACCCACAGCCCAGCAGUUUUUGGGAAAAUUGUCAAUCGUGGUUGCCGAGAGACAGCAUUUGUAUUUGCCAUUACCAGUGCAGGGGUGACCCACGCUGUGGCUCGCUCCUGCUCGGAAGGGGCCAUUGAGUCGUGCACAUGUGAUUACCGCCGCAGAGGUCCCGGAGGGCCAGACUGGCACUGGGGGGGCUGCAGUGACAAUGUGGACUUUGGCCGGAUGUUCAGCCGUGAGUUUGUGGACUCCAGCGAGAGGGGCAGAGACCUGCGCUACCUCACCAACCUACACAAUAAUGAGGCUGGCAGAAUGACUGUGUCAUCAGAGAUGCGUCAGGAGUGUAAGUGCCAUGGCAUGUCGGGCUCCUGCACAGUGCGCACCUGUUGGAUGCGCCUGCCCAGCUUCCGCACAGUGGGAGACUUCCUUAAAGACCGGUUUGAUGGUGCAUCCAGAGUCGUUUAUGCCAACAAGGGAAGCAACCGCGCCUCUCACAGAGCCGACCCCCGACAUCUGGAGCCUGAAAACCCGGCUCACAAACCCCCCUCUGCCAUGGACCUGGUCUAUUUUGAGAAAUCACCAAACUUCUGCUCCUACAAUGGCAAAACUGGCACUUUGGGAACUUCUGGGAGAACAUGCAACAGCUCCUCUCCAGGCCUUGACGGAUGUGAGCUGCUCUGCUGUGGACGUGGGUUUAAGACUCGGACUGAGAGUGUGACUGAACGUUGCCACUGCACCUUCCACUGGUGCUGUCAUGUCAGCUGCUUGAACUGCACCAGUACACGAACGUUACACCAGUGUCUAUGAUCACAGCUGGACACCAAGUGAAUAUUUAGGCAUAUAUAAAAGGCAAAGAAGAACUUCUUAACAAAACAGGUAGUUGGCUGAGAAAGCCACUAGCACACAGAUGUUAGGUAGGAGCUAGAGAAGCUUCGAGGCGGGUAAACUGAUACAGGGAACUCUCUGGCACAAAAAAAAAAAAAAUCAGUGAGUGUUUAUGAAAGAGGGAGAUGGAGAAAAGCACAAAUAUAUGAACAGGGUAUAGAGGGAGUAUAUGUGCUUGCUCCCUGCCUUUGAUGCUAAACAGUAUUAAGAGGGUAUUUAAACACUACAACCACGCAGAAUGGAAAUCACCCACAUCCCUCAAGUGUUUACACUGUGGAUAAAUAGAAGUAAAGGGACGAAAUGAUGUGGCGGAGAAUCGAUUGCUGUAACCAGGUACUACUAGAGCCUUCUUCUCCCCCACUGAGGGCAGAAACUGGACACAAUGUUUCACAGAUGUUCCUGUGGCCAGAGAGCCACAAACAUGUGCUCUCAUAAACUGGUGAAGACCUCUAACAAGAGGGGAGUUAUUUAAAAAAAAAUCUGUUUUGUUUUCGUUUGCUGAAGUUUGGUUUCUCUCACGUGAAACUGUGUGAAGUUUAUCUCCAGGGAUGGGCCGUCUGUUCCCAAAUUGUGUACUUAGGCCCUGGAUGCAGCCCAACCACUUAUA